AUGGCUUCAACGAGUGCCUCGACUACUAUCAGUCGCGAGGCUACAACGAGGUCGACACAGCUCGGACCUACGUGGGCGGAAAGCAAGAAAGCUGGACCAGACAAGCCAACUGGCGUGACCGCGGCCUCAAACUGGCCACCAAGUGGUACCCCCCUCACGCCUGGCUUCCAUGCCAAAGCUAUCGUGAAGGAGAACUUGUCCAAAAGCCUACAGGAGCUGGGCACGGACACUGUGGAUAUCUUCUAUCUGCAUGCGCCCGAUCGGACGGUCCCGUUCCAGGAAACGCUCGAGGCUUGCAACGAGCUGUACGGAGAAGGCAAGUUCAAGCAACUGGGGCUGAGCAACUAUGCUGCUUGGGAGGUGGCUGAGAUCUGGAAUAUCGCGGACCAGCGAGGCUGGGUCAAGCCGACGGUUUAUCAGGCCAUGUACAACUGCCUGACUCGCGCGAUUGAGGAGGAAUUGGUGCCGUGCUGUCGAAAGUACGGCAUCGAACUGUUGGUUUAUAAUCCGCUGGCCGGAGGGGUUCUCAGUGGCAGGUACCAGAGCAAGGAGGUGCCCGAUGAUGGCGGCCGUUAUUCGACGACUGAUCCGUUGAUUGGAGAAAUGUACCGGAAACGAUAUUUCAAGGACGCGAACUUUGAGGCUUUGAAAGUCAUCAAGCCCACGGCGGACAAAUUGGGCCUGUCGCUUUUGGAGAUUGCGUUCAGGUGGCUGGUUCAUCACAGCCAACUCAAGGUCAAAGAUGGCAAUGACGGCGUGGUGAUAGGUGUCAGCUCUCUCAGCCAGCUGAAGGAUAACUUGGAUCACCUAGAGAAGGGGCCCUUGCCGGAUGAAGUACUCGAGACCCUCGAUCUCGCAUGGACCAUCACAAAGCCAUCGUGUGCUUUAUACUGGAGAUAG